AUGCUUCUGCCUACAUUCAUCGGCGCCGCUGGCCUUUUGGCCACGGCUGUCGAGGCCGCUCCACGGGGCACUUGGUUCAAUAAGCUUCGACGAGAUGAUCAAGGAUCACAGGGUUCUACAGCAAGAAUGGCUGCUCGAGCUGAUUACAACUACGCAAAUGCUUAUAACCAGCCCAACGUCUACACUCCUGGCGCCAAGUACGCCUCUCCCGACACAUACACCAAGGUCGACUCUCAAUAUGCUGCUCCCAAGAACACAUCCACUUCGGCCGUUAACUCUAAGACUCUCAAGUCAGAUAUUGAGUGUCCUACCGGUGGCGUCUACGUCUCAACUACGACUCUCGACUUGACUGUCACCGUCACUGCCUCUUCAAACAUGUCUUACACCAUCUGCCGUGACUGCACCCAGACUGUCACUCGUAACGGCACCGUUUACCUGCCUGGUGGCAAGUAUGUUCCUACGCUAUCAUACGACAAGGAGACCAAUGCUGCGUACCCCAUUGCUGAGAACACCAACCGCGGCGGCGAGUACAACACUGGCUCUCCUUACUAUCCUACCAACGCGACCUAUCUCCCUCCCAAGACAAAGGAUGUCGAGGAUCCUGAUGAGACUGAGCCCUGCACGGAUGAUUUCCCUUACAUGAACUCGACCAUCGCUGCUCCCAUGUACACCACGCCCGUCUCCGCGAGUGGCUACCAGUCUGCCAUCUACAACACUCCCAGCGGCUACAACUCUGAUGCUCCCGUCUACACCCGGCCAGCCUACGUCAAGCCCGUGUACCCUGAGCCUGGACACAGCAACUCUUCGAUCGAGACUCCGGCCUACACCAAGCCUGUGUAUACCAAGCCCGUCUACCCUCGUCCUUCUGGCUCUGGCAACUCUACCAUCGUGGCCCCGGUUUAUACUAAGCCUGUUUAUCCCGACCCGUCUGGCAACUCAAGCGUCGUGCCCACCGUCUAUACCCCGCCAGUCUACACCAAGCCUGUUUACCCUGGCCCAUCUGGAAACUCGAGCACCCCUCCUGCUUACGUCAAGCCUGUUUACACCAAGCCUGUCUAUCCAGAGCCCAACAACUCGAGCAUCGUGCCCACCGUCUACACCCCACCGGUCUACACCAAGCCUGCUUACACCAAGCCUGUGCUCCCUGGCAACUCGACGGCUACUUCUCCCGUCUACACCAACUCUGCCGAUCCCUCCGUGUACACGCCUCCUGCCUACACUAAGCCCGUGGUCCCUGGCAACUCUUCGACAGCCUCUACCAAGUCUGCUGACCCGUCUGUUUACACGCCUCCUGUUUAUACCAAGCCGGUGUACCCUCAGCCUGUGAACUCUUCUACCGGCGAGGCCCCUGUUUACACCCCACCAGCCUACUCGAACCCCGUGGUCCCCAACAACUCGUCCACAGUCCCUCCUGUGUACACCACUCCUGUUGACCCGUCGGUGUAUACACCUCCCACCUACACUAAGCCAGCUUACUCGGAGCCCAUCAUUCCUGGAAACUCUUCCACCAGCGAGGAUCCCAUCUACACUCCCCCGGUCAACACCCAGCCAGCUUACCCCGGGUCUGUGGUCUCCAGCAGCUCGUCUACCAACGAGGGCCCCGUUUACACGCCGCCAGCCUACACACGACCUGUUUACUCUGACCCUGUUGCCUCCGGAAACUCUUCAGUGACUCCUCCGGCCACCACCAAGCCUGUUGAUACGCCUGUUUACUCGCCCCCGGUUUAUACCAAGCCCGUCUUCCCCAGCGAGUCUUCUGACGCUUAUCCUCUGCCUUCGACCCCCAGCAACUCGACGAUUCCUCCCGUGCUCCCCGUUUCUUCCAGCGAUUCUUCGUCUUCUGUCGAGCCGACCUUUACUCCUGAAGCUUCGACCUCGCAGGGUAGCUCUGCCUCUGUCUCGACUGCUUUUGACCCGGAGUCUACCUCGAUUGAGCCAACAACUCUCCCCGUGACGCCUUUCCUGACAACCACGACUUCGAUCGAGUCCUCGACCACUGAGCCAUGCAUCAUCGACACCUCCAUGGUCCCCAUCUCGUCAUCCUACCUCAACACCACCGCCACCACACCAAGUGUUCCCACAGAAACCAUCUGCGAGGAUGAUGCCGAGAACGGUGCACCCAAGAGCAACACUGCCUACUGUGGUGUCAACGGUAAGGCCACGGGAAUGAACUUCCUCGCCGAGUUUAGCGAGGACAGCUACGGAAUGCCCGUCACCCUCGAAGGCUGCUACCAGUUCUGCAAGCUUGAUCUACCAUCCACCCGCGGCUGCGAGGCUUAUCGCUUCUACGAAAACGACAGCGGCGCAACCCGCUGUGCCGUCUACGGUCAACCUGUCUACAAGGACAUCCGCGAGAUCGACUCAACAGUCGAAGACGUCUGGUUCGACCUAAGCUGCGGCUCUCCCUCCCAGUACCAAGACAGCACCUCGACCGAUAACCAGUCGAGCGGAAUAGGGGCAUCUAUCAAGCUCAGUCUCGGUUUGAAGUACUAA